AUGGCUAAUGCAGACAAGCCGGAGCUUGAAGAGCCACCCAUGUCAUUAAGGUCUCCUGUUUGGGAACACUUCGGUUUCCCGGUGAAAUACGUCAACGGAGAAAGACUAGUCGAUAAGACGAAAGCAGUGUGCCGACAUUGCUCAGUAAUGAUCGGGUAUGUUUCUGGCAACACUUCAAACUUUUUAAUGCACUUGAAAAGGCAUCACGCGAGUGUGAACAUCACUAGUACAAGGAAAAAAACAACUGUAAUUCAAACACAGCUCCCGUUGGCAUUUAAACAGACCUUUGCUGGUAAUUCCGAUCGGGCCAAAGCAAUAACGAAAGCAAUUGGUGUUUUUAUAGCAGCUGAUCUACGACCAUACUCGGUUGUUGAGAACACUGGUUUUAAGCACAUGAUGAAGGUGAUUGAGCCCAGGUAUGAAAUUCCUUCCCGUCCACAUUUCAGCCAAAAGGUUAUACCCGCCCUAUAUGAACAAACUAAAACUGCUGUUGUCCAUGAGCUGUCUAAGGCAUCUGCUGUAGCACUCACAACUGAUGGAUGGACAUCUAGAGCUACCGAGAGCUACCUAACAGUGACUGCCCAUCACAUUACUCCCGAGUGGAACAUGGUAAGCCAUGUUUUGCAAACCCGCCCAAUUUAUGAACAACACACAAGCACAAAUCUGGCAGAGGGACUUAAGGAGACAGUGUUGGAGUGGAAGUUGGAGAGGGCAGGAAUUAAAAUUCCUGUCACAACAGACAAUGCUAGGAAUAUUGUCAAUGCAGUCAGUGAAGCUGGACUAGGCCCUCAAAUUGGAUGUUUUGCACAUACAAUUAAUUUAGCAUCACAGAAAGCAACAGGUCUCAACCAGGUGUCCAGAGUGCUAGGUAGAGUCAGAAGGGUUGUGUCUUUUUUUCACCGUAGCCCAACAGCUGCACAUAUUUUGGAGAGCAAACAGGAAAUGCUUAAUAUACCAAAACACACACUUAUUCAUGAUGUCACCACCCGCUGGAACUCCAGUUAUGAUAUGCUUGAGAGGUACCUAGAACAGCAAGCAGCUGUGUACUCUGCACUGACAGAAAAGGCCCUCAAAAAGAAUAAAGAAAUAAGCACGCUGUCUGACCAGGAUCUGAAAAUAGCAGAGGACGUACUUGAGGUUCUUAAACCACUAAAAACCAUCACAACACUGAUGAGCACUGAAUCCACACCUUCAGUAUCAAUGAUCCUCCCCCUUCAAACCACAGUCCUUAACUCUAUGGUACCCAGUGAGGAAGACAGUCCAACUGUGAGAGAAAUCAAGGCUGCCAUCACAGAAAACCUGAAGAACAGAUACUCUGCUUGUCAUGACUUCCUCCACAAAUGCACAGUUCUUGAUCCGCACUCAAUUUUUUACAGUGCGAGGUUCAAAGCCCUUCCUCAUGUGGAUGAUGCCUGUCGUGACAGAAUCUACAACAACCUCAUCACAGAGAUUGAAACCAUGAAAGAACAGAGUGAGGAGGCCACAGCAGUUAGUUCAUCCCCAGAGACAGGACACCCAGAGGCAUCAUCUCCUCCUGUCAAGAAGUCAGCCAUGGCUGAACUGUUUGGUGAACUCUUCAAGACUCAGAUGGGAAACAAGCCUAGUUUUCAGCUGGUGAAGGAAGAGGUUACCUUAUACAAGGCUGUGGACUGCAUUUCACUGGAUUCCAACCCACUUGAAUGGUGGAGGACAAAUGAGUCCAUAUAUCCUCAUAUUGCCAAGUUAGCAAAGCACUACCUUGCUGUACCUGCUACCUCAGUCCCUAGCGAGAGGGUAUUUUCUACAGCAGGAGACAUUGUAACUGCUAGCAGAUCUGCCCUUUCCGUAGACAAUGUGGACAAGUUAAUUUUUUUGACAAAAAACAUGAAAGUUUAAUGAAUCUGAGCAGGCCUUCAGCCUGGAGCUGUUAAUGCUGUACUUUAUACUGUGAAAAAGUUCUUAAAAAUCUGAGCAGGUCUAAAAACUUAAACUGUUGAUUCUGCACUUUACACUAAAAAAAAAGUUAUUUUUUUAAUAUAAGCAGGCCUAAUGCUGUAAUGCUGCAUUGUAAUCCAUAGUUAUUUAUUUAUAUUUUUCAUUAUAUUUUA